UUUAGUAUGUACUUCGGAUAGAAACUUGCAAGUAAUAUUAUUUAUUAUUACUAGUAAUGUUUUUAUAUCUGUGGUUUUUGCACGGUUUUAUAUCUGUGCCGUAGACUGUGAAGUGAAAUCUCAGAUUUAGCUUUUUUAAAUAGCAACUCUGGUAAAAACAAUGUGGUUGCCAAGACAGACAAGACGCGGAUGAUUUAAAAAUUCUUUUGCUUUACAUACUAUUUGAUCGAUAAUUUAUUUUUGUAAUUCAAUUUCAUUUGUUAGAUCAAACAAAUUAUAGAAUAUUUAUAGUUGCUGAGUGUUAAAUAAGUAUUGCGAUUACGAAACAUACAACGAAAAUUUCGUUAUGUCGCGAGGAUCUUCGUGUUCUACAUCAAGCAAUACUUGGACAAACUGUAGUACUUCAGAUAAUGAUUCAAGUAUUUUGGCAAAAUUAAGAAGGUUAAAAAUACAAGAAGGCCUACUUCUGCAGAAUAUAAAUAAAAUUAUGUUAAAAAACUGUAACGACGGAGAAGAAUUUAUUACAAUUAAUUCGGACUAUAAAUCAUUAGUAUUAAAUUUACGAAACUCUUAUUGUGAAGUAAAAAACUUGUUUGAUUCAUUGAAAUGUAACACAACUUCACACGAAGCGUUGAAAACUUGUGAUAUCGAAGACGUAAAGGCUAAUGUAUUGGAGUUAGAAGCUAACAUGAAAAAAUUUAAGAAUUAUUUAUAUUCGGAAAUAACGUCUUUAAAAUCUGAGGAACAAGAAAUAAUCAAACAGAUGAAUGUUUUAACUGAAAAUCAAAUAAGAAUAAUAAAACAUCCAAAAAUUAGAACAAAACUAUUUAGCGACAUAGUUCCUAGUCCUGUUAAGAAUAUCAUUACAUGUCCAUUUAAAUGUCAGGAAGUUCAACAAUUUCAAGAAUUUCUGAAAAGUUACCAUCGAUAUGGAGGUUGGAACGAAUAUAGUCAUAACAUAUUUGUUCAAUUUUGGAUAAAACAUUUUGGUAGUACAACAGAUGGUUAUGAAGACAUAGAUACUUCAGAAAUAAUAAAAUGUAAUCGUUUGGUGAGCGAUAUAAUUGAAAAAUUACCAGGAAUAAAUGUAGAAGAUAUAAUUCAACAUAGUGAAUGGUACUUAAAGUAUUUACAUUUAAAAAGGUGCCAACAAGAAGCCUUGAAUAAAUGGAGAGCUAAAAAGAAAAUAAUUAAAAAAUCACAAACAAAAGAUAAGGGGAUAAAAUACACUGAAAAGAAAAAUUUGUCCCUCGAUUUUAAUAGAGAAAAAUCUAAAAAUACAGGACGAGUUAACUUUGUUGUUUCAGAUGAGAUGAAAGGGAUAGAAGAAUAUUGGAGUAAAGGCAGCUCACGUUGUUUCAGAGCAUCUACAAGUGAUGGAAGUAUGCACAUGAGAUAUUUAGGGGACGCCUCUCGCGAUAAGCUUACAUCUGAAGUUAUUUCCAAACACGCAAAGUCAAGAGGGCAGUUUCACUUCGCUAAAACAACUCAACAAUGGAUAAAUAUGUGCAAUGAUAGAAGGCUAUCAAAUGAAAAUAUGUCAACUUACAUUCCCCAGCUCGAGAAUAUCAAGAAACUGUGUGUACCGAAAUGGCGCUUAUCCGUUAAAUAUUAAAUGAGUGGUGUACUACCUACUACACCACUUAUUUAUUGGUGGCAAGACGCAAGUUAUUACUUGAGCGCGUUUAUUACUUGGGCGAUCCUGCCAUGAAUUUCAUAAGAAGAUAAAUUUAGAACCAAAAACAAAGGACUAGUUGAAAGAAUUAUUAAUAUAAUACAGAAUAUGCAUAUUUAUACACUGUCUGAUAGUUAGCCAGUUGAGUAGGUAAGGUUACUACCUUACCUACCUACUUAAGAUUUAAGUUUGAUCACUAUAUGAUCAGAUUUGCGGAGACAAAAUAUAAAUCCAAUGCCUGCAUUAAUUCAAGAGUUGCUUUUAUUUAUUGAUUUGUUCUUGGCAUAAUCAAUGAUAGGAAAAUUGAGCCAGCAUUUUUAGUUUUAAUUGGGAUAAUUUUUUUAAGCUCGUUUACAAAAUGUAAUGUGGCGUACAAAUUACGGCUUACUCAGCAAAAUGCCUUUUCCAUCUAAGCUGUGAGUUAAUGUAUAGAGUCGCCAAAGUCCUUUACUUUGGAGUAUGAGCAAAGAUAAUAGUUGUCGCGAGCUUUUUGCGUUUACAUCAUUAAUAUAAAAUUGCACGGUCAUCUUCGUAAAAGUGAUAUAAACAUUUAAGAAUA